CUUGACGGUAUAAAGCACAGGUUACCGCUGAAUCGGGGAAUCUUCCCUUCAUCCUUGAGCAAACUGUCUGGGCCUGAAUGCCGGCGCCUUCCUCUGACCUCUCCUCUCGCACGGCAUCUUCAGUGCUCGGUCAUGUGAACCUCAUGAUGGAUACGUUCAUUGCCAAUGCCAACGCAGAAGAUCUCCGCGCGAUCGUACGAGGGAUGCUCGCCACCAGCCCUCCGGCAUCGGCAUCGGGCCUUGCGUCUCUGGCGCGACGCAGGCUGGUACAGACCGGGGCGACGAGCGUUCCAUCCUCGGAGGGUCUCUUCAUAUCCGACGCAUCGCGCAGUCUCAGUACACCACCGACCGAAAAAUUGCGCCAAGUUCUCUCCCGGGUCCGCGCGCUCUACGGAGCCGGCCUCGGAUUCGCGAGUCUCAAGAUCCUCGCGGUGAUUGUCAACGCGGCGGAGGGCAUAAAGUGGACGGAAGGAAGCGAGUUGGAGACUCUGCUGGCGGCGAUCGACGUGGACAUCAGUCAAGCCGUCCAGAGCUGCAAGGAAGAGGUGGAAAGCGGGCGAGCGACUGACAUGUCGUUCGCGCGGGCGGCAGUGAAUGAACUGCGUGUUGCUGUGAAGGAAAACAGGAUGGUAGUGGUGUCCGGGGAGGGCGGUUAUCUGUUCGAGCAGGGAGAGAAUGCAUUGGAUUAUUGGAAGAUCUAGUGUUCAUCUGCAUCAGAGGUAGCUGAAUGCAUGCUGAUUCGUCACAUCGUGCGGACUAAGUUUGUCCAUAUAUCGAGGCGCUCCCGAGUACACGUUAUUCUCUGGAGGGGCAUUCCCAUGCCAGUGGGCGGUGGUCAACAUGAACCGGCGUUUAUCGCUGCCGUCUCUGUAGACUGUGAGCGUCUGGGGUCUCACGAACACCGUGCAGAACCUCCGACUUGCGUGUUCAACGUCACCGAAGAAGAGGAGCAUUCUACUGAGCGCUGACGCUCGCGCGCAUUGCGUGCGUAAAACGCGUCGAUGUCGAGAAAAACAUGACAGUGGAGGUUUGGUGGAGGUAGCAGGAAUAUCUAG